AUGCGGUCUAUACUCAUUUUACUGCUCUUCAAUGCGGCCAUAGAGGCGAUGCCGCAAAAUGUGGAAUUAUUGUACAUGAUGAGUUCCGAGUGGUCCCAGUGGUCCCCAUGGUCGUUCUGUUCCGCUAAUGUGCGCGUCCGCGUCCGUGCCUGCAGCACGGUCCGCGGAUUCAAAUGCAUCGGCCAUAAUAAGGAAUUCGAAUCGUGCGACACAAAUGCGCCGACCGAGACGCCGAAAGCGCCCGAUUAUGAGGGUUUCGACGACCCUUACUCGGAGGACCGAAAAAUCGCCAUGUCGCAGCUAGCCAACGACCACGAGAAGCAGCCCAAGAUCAAGGCGCAAUAUCAGAAAGUCAUAAAGACCCGACCCGCAAUUCCCACGCCGAAGAAGAACAUUCUUCUGGAAAACGGGGCCACCCGGGUGCCAUUCGUGGACAUGACGGCUGAUGUCGAGCCGGCACUUCAACCAGUUCCUCGGCCACAGCCACCACCACUCCCAGCUGCUCACUUGAAGGGCGAGCCGCAGCCCACGCUCACCGAGCAAGAGGAGAUCGAAUUGCUGCGGCGGAAUCAGGCCCGAGGCCCAGUGCGCUACGCGCCAACCCGAAUGCCCAAUCGGCCCGCUACUGUAGAGCCGACGUCCCCUGCCUAUGAAGAGCAAGAGGGCGAGGAGGGCGAGGGGGAGUACGAGGACGACUACGAGGGACAACCCCCAGGGCAGCCGCCGACUUCGAGCAGUACAACAACGACUACAACCACUACCACGACCACUACGACUACAACUACUACGACAACUACUACCACUACAACACGGCCCACCACGACGCCACGUCCGCAACGACCCACCCACAUCCCGGUGAUGAGCCGUGGCGAUUUACAAGAGCUGGACGAGAGAAUAGCAUCUUUGGAUGAGCGUGAUGACGAAAUCCCGCAACUACGCCACAAUUCCAACGCCGCUGCGGCAUUCGUGCGAACGUUCCACCACUCUGUCGCCCCGGCCGCCAAGCCGACGUAUCACACCCAAUUUGUUGGCUCUCAGUAUCGAAAACCAUCCGUUCCGCUCCAAAAGACGGUCUUCAACUUUGUGCCGCCGGUUGGGAACGACGCUGGCGGUGCGAAACAACGCGGCGUCGUUUCGGUGAUGCUGACGCGGCGGGAGCCCGGGAAAACGGAAACCGAGGAUGAAACACCAGUUUUAUCUGACGCCGGUGCCCGCUCCAUCAACCACACGAUGCACAAAAUUCGAGGUCUCUUACAGCAGAUGGAAUUUGACGCUAAGAAAAUGCAACGCCAGGACUCGUGGGAGAGCCCCGACCUGGAGAAGAUGAGCCCGCACGAGAGGCGCAUUUAUAUGGAAACCCGGACGCUGGAGGAGAAGCUGAAGCUCGUCCAGAAACAGAUGCACAAGCCUACCGACGAUGAGGCACUGCAGAAGGGUGUCGAUAGUGGGCCAUUCGUGGAGGGAGACACGGCUCGCGCCCUCUCGUGGAUGAUCGCCAAUAUGACGCGGGAAUUGAGCGGACACGAGCUGCCGAUUGUCGACAUUAUUCCGCUGGAGGUGGUAAAAGACGACAAGAAGGAUAAGCCACCGACGGCCGUUCGGAAGCCCGACUCGAAAAAGAUCGUGUCCGAUACCGUAAACGUCGAGUUCGUCUCGCCGCAGCGAAUCGACGCCCAGAUUUUCAACAACCCGCCAAACAGUCGCGUUGAAAAAGCCUUCGGCAGCAGAACAUCACUCUCCGAUGCCCCGCUCGACCUGAAAGAAAUGGAGCACGCCGCCGAGAAACUCGACAGCCUCAUCGGCGACGACACAAAACACGUCAACCGCUGGGCCCCGCCCACCGAAUCGAACGAUGAGCAGCAGGGUGUUAUAAUCAAAUGGAAGUGGAGCAGAUGGUCCGAUUGGUCGCAGUGCGAUUGCGGAAUGCAGAAGCGGAAACGCGUUUGCAUCCCGAAGCGAAGCCGACGGCCGUCGGAUAUCUUUGAGGAAAAUGGCGAAAUGCGGAGUGAUGCGCAUCGCCCAUCGUCGUGUGAUGACGAAAUAAAACAGCACCAGGAGCGACUUUGCCAGGAUUUAACUUGCCAA